UACCCCUAUUUGCACGCCGCACUUGCAAACAAGAACGUGCACGCCAGGAACGCCUCCAGAACCACACACUCAGAAACCCAUUUUCAAACUCAAGACAGCUGCGUACAACACGCCAACACACCACAGCACAACACCACCGCACCAGGCCGAACAGCACGCGCAAAACAGGACCACAGCAGACAAACCACACAGCAGACAUGUCCAUCGCGAUGGUAGUUGACGAUGUGCAUUCGAAGAGUUGCAGCGCCGACAUGUGGUCGAGCGAACGGCAGCACCAACGGCAGACCGCGGCGACCGCAGCAGGCGAGCAACCGGAGACCGCACCAGGAGAGACCGCACCAGGAGAGGUUGCAGAGGAAACGGAUGCCGUACUGGAAGUACUGUUGUCCAAAGAGGAUGUGCAUGCGGAGAUAUUUGCCUUUACGGGCGGGCAGCCGCAGCCGUACUGAUUUGUAGCGAUAGUUUCAAAGUGGUGGCGAAAGGUGUUGUCUGGGAAACUACGGGAAACCGCGGUCUCCCAUAUCGUGGCGUCGGUUCCUCGCGCCAUGGAGGCAUUGGGCUGCGGUUGGGCGCCGGGCAACGGAGCAUGGAAACGUGCCGCAGCUCUGGGGAAUAUCGAAGUACUGAAUCUGUUCUUGGAUUGGUCCAAUGACGCAUGUGACCUGGGCGAGUGGGGUGAGUGGGGCGAUGGAGUGUUCGCAGCUGCUGUGGAGGCCGGGCACACUGACGUUCUGAAGUUGUUGAUCGCGGCAGGCUGCAAUAAAGAUCAGAUGGGAUUGAAGGCCUUAGAAGUCGCCGUAGAGUCAGGUAGUGCAGCCAUUCUAGACUGCUGCGACAGCUCUGACCUACGUCGAGGCGAAGAUGGGCUCAUUAUGGACGAAGAGUGGGCGGUCGCCGAGGCUAUAGUAACCCCUCCUCUUCAAGUGGCGAUGGCCGGCAGAGAUUUUGGAAUGGUACGGUCUCUUUCGAGAUUUUUGCUGGCUGCCGGGGAAGCCGGGGGAUGGAUGGAAGCUGAAAUUAGGCGCCAUGCCAAAGAUGGCGACCUGGAGAUGCUACGAUGUCUGGAGGAGAUGAUCAUGUGUGAGGAUGGGCGUUUUGAAGGUAUGUUCUGGCGCACGUUCUGGAUUGCGGCUCUAUAUGGCCGUUUUCGCACGGUGGCCCAAUUGUUGACUUGGUGGUGGACAGACUGAGCUCCUCACCUGCGCGCUGUAACGAGCGGCCAGCAACUUGUCCCGGACGGCGUCCUCUUCAUGGUAGCCAGACUCGGACAUUUGAAAAUGUUGCAGUCGUGCAAAACGCACUGUCCCUUGGUUUCCCGUGACUUCUGCCUGUAUUGCGCUUCGCCUAACGGCUGGUCGCGUGUACCCGCCGACUCCGCUGGCGCCGGGCAUGUCGAUUUAGUGUUGUGGUGCCUCGAAAACGAGUGGAAUUACAGUGAGAGUUGGAUCGAAGCCGCUGCCAAGGAGGGACGUUCGAAUGUCAUUGCGGCGUUAGUGGGGAGGGGUUUCGCAUGCCAGGUGCAACUUGAACGGGCGGCACCGUGUGAUGUGGAGGGGGACGACCUCAUGGAACGGUAUAUUUGUGCUCUUCCACGUUGCGAGUGCCAUUAAAUCUCCGUACUUGUUGUGCCGGUUGAACGUUUGCACCGUUUGAAAGUGUGGGGGGCGGGGGGGCGGGGGGGUGGUAGGUAUGAGUGUAUUUGCAGUUCGGAAACCUGUAGCGUUGUGAUGUUGCGUUGUGGCCCCUCUGGACGGUGCCCCUGGCCGUGCGUAUUUUAGUUUCUUUUGUCUUUAUUCGUGUCUUGUGAUACGUUUUUUUGUGCCGGGCUUGUGACCACGGGCUAGAUUUUGGCGAUGGGCUAAUGUGAGGGCCCUCACCAACAACAAACAACUAAAACAGAAUGAACGAUUUUCUGGGCAUCGGGCAAGGCUCACAGCUGCUGUGGCCUCCUUGAGGCAGUCUACG